GUCGGCGUAAGAAAUAGAAAAUCGCUCAUUUGAAAUCUACCUUGCGACUCACGUAAACAAAUAAUGUAAAAAGAAAAGACAAAUUGUUACAAUCUAAAAGAGUACGUACGUAUAUUGUUACUUUACAAUGGAGUCAUAACAAAAAAUCGGUUACACGUGCUUGAGGUUCUCACUAAGCCGGGAAACUCCCGUUCUCGAAACGUUUCUCAUUGUCAACGUUCCUGCGUGCGUAGUACAUGGUAGUACAUACGAAACGUUGCAACUUUGCAAGACAGGACGUCCAAAAAUUUAUAAUUUCAUCCAAGUGAAACAUCGCAUUUUGUUGAAAUUGUUCGAUUAGAUUGGAGAUAUAUUGAGUAGCGAAAGUGAAUACAGUUUGCAACAUGGCAAGAGGAAACAAAAAAGGAGGAGGAGGUAAUAUAAGGAAGGCCACAAGUCUCAAUGAGACUAAAUCACCGUAUUUGCCCAUGUAUAAGCCACCAAGAGAGUUGAUAUGGGCAUUCAAACAUUUGAACAAAGAAAACUUGACGAAUGAUAAACUAUGCAACGAUUAUAUAAACCUUAUUAAGGGCCUUGCAAACGUAAAAGAUAUAAGCCCUGAACAUUAUCUGAUACUGUUUAAAAUUAUGUUAUAUCUGGAAAGCAGAUGCUAUACACUGGAAGCUGAGAAACAUAAUAUGAUGGAUCAGCAACUUAAGUCAGAAUCCUCCGAUGUUUUUAUUAUACAAGUACCAACUUUAGAUGAAGACGAUCCAUUUAUUUUCAUUAACGACGAGGUAAAAAUUUCUGUAGUAGAUACUAAUGAGUCAUGGAGCUUUCGCGUAAUAGAUGUAGUGAAUAAGAAGGUGUACAUAUCUCCAUAUGAUGACAAUACUGUAGUAGAUAAGGAUAAAAAAUAUAAUGUCCGUUUCUACCCUACGAAUUGGCCAUUAAGAUGUUGUCAUUACGUGUUGUAUAUAAUGAACAAAUAUAAAUUGGUCAAUUUAAUGUUUCCUAAAAUGGAGACAAAUCAUUUCACUUUACCUGACGUCGAGUUGAACUGGUUCCAUGAAAGUGUUACAAAGAACCCUGAACAGAAAGCGGCAGUAAUGAAUAUUCUGCAUAAUUCGGCGUAUCCUGCUCCGUAUAUUGUAUUCGGCCCACCCGGCACUGGAAAGACAACAACAUUAGUCGAAGCUAUUUGUCAAGUUCGAGAACAAGUAAAGAGCAAAAGUAUUUUAGUAUGCGCACAUUCGAACGCGGCAGCAGAUGAAAUCACAAAGAGAUUAUUACAGUUCCUUCCCACUAAAUAUAUAUUUCGGAUAUAUGCAAAAGCAAAAACAGCGAACACCAUAGACAAUAAACUUAUCGACUGUUCCAAUUUUAUUAACGGAGAGAGCCUUUACUUGCCAAACGAAGUAUUUACUCUUAAGAAAAUCGUUAUUACAACGUUAACUACGUGUAUAAGAUUGGUGAAUCUUAAUUUACGGAAUGACCAUUUCUCCCAUAUAUUCAUCGACGAGGCCAGUCAGAGUACAGAACUGGAAACAUUGAUUCCAUUUACGACCAUCAAUUCGCUGAGCCAUUGUGGUGAAAUGUUACAGUCGCAAAUUAUAAUUGCUGGCGAUCCUUAUCAACUAGGACCUGUAGUUAAAUGUAGAGAAAUUGCACACCUGUUCGGAAAAUCAUUGUUGGAAAGAUUAAUGGAAUGCGAACCAUAUCAAAAAGUGGACAACAAAUAUAAUCCGCGUUACAUAACGAAACUAAUUCGAAAUUUCCGCAGUCGCGCAGCUAUUUUAUAUACGUCCAACAAAUUAUUUUACGGGGACUUAAUACCAUGUGCGAAACUGUGUAAAAUUACUUCGAACUGGGAUAUAUUAUCGAACAGAACGUUUCCUAUUAUCUUUUUCGCGGUUCAAGGUGUAGAAGUUAGAGCAGAAAAUCUGAGUGUAUCUAAUGAAAAGGAAGCUCUAAUUGUAACAUAUUGCUUAGCGAAUUUGUUAAAGAAUACUAGGAUUGAUGGACGUAAAAUUGGACAAAACGAUAUUGCCAUUAUAACGCCGUUCAGGGAACAAAAAAUGAUGAUCGAAAAUAAGUUACGUAAUCAUAGUAUGUGGACAAGUGUAGGGACAAUAGAAACGUUCCAAGGCCAGGAGAGAGAAGUUAUAAUUUUAUCGACAGUACGCUCAGAAACGUUUUGUCACAAUGGCAAGGAGCACAUCGGCUUCUUAUCAAAUCCAAAAAGAUUUAACGUUGCUUUAACGAGAGCGAAACAGUUACUGAUAAUAGUAGGGAAUCCGUUUAUCCUUUGCUUAGAUAAGCAUUGGGAAACUUUAUGGCAGUAUUGUCAAAAUAAUAAUGCGUGCAUACAUAUGUAAUGUUGUUAACAAGUAGGUUUAUCAGACAACUGUUGGAACUCUUAAGACUUGACUACCUUUUUACGAAUAG